AUGGCUAUCGCUCCCAUCACCGGAAUGCUCAGAAAGAGAUUUAUCGUUGACCUCAGCUGCGCCUUAAGCCUUGCUACUGCUGGCGCUUACACUUUCUGGUAUGGCUAUCACUUGAAAGCGGGUGCGCAGACCUUGUCCUGUCGCUUUUGUUUCAAUCUUCGUGUUACUGAUUGGUCUCUAGUGGAGCACCAAGAGAACUUCUACCUCCAACUGGAGAAGGCGAAGUUGGCAAGUCGUCAGUAG